AUGAAAUCGGCGAGGAUGCGGCCAGUUGACUCCGUGGACGAUACCAACGUCGCCCAACUACAACGUUUAAGGAUUCUCAGUGUUUCAGCAAAUGGAGUCAGCUCCCUUCACAGAAACGGUUCGCGCACAAGCAGAGCUACAGCUACAGCGACCCAAAGGGAUCAGUCCAGGCAGCAGAAGAACCUUGCCUCUAACGUGCCGCCAUAUGAGGCCACCGCCCGUGCUGUUCGAGGACGGCGGCCUAUUUGUGAAAUGGAGAACCGCGGUGAAAAUAUCGGAGGUUCAGUCUCUAUACUGUUGGUCGAUUUCUUCAAGGAAAGGUUCCGUUCCUCAGAAAUACUCACUGAGCGAGACCUUGAGUGCCCUUACUAA